UGCAAAAAAUUAAUGUGAAAUUGCUGAGAAUAAAUUAAGAAUCCAUGAAACAAACACACCCUAAAUUUAAAAUGACCCCAAUUCAAGGAUAAAAUUUCCAAACUUGCGAAGGGAAAAAGCAGCGACAGGUGAGGAAAAAUAAAGUGAGAAAAUGAAAAAGCUUGCAAGAAAGUUACGGAAGAAUUCGGAAGGUGACAAAUUUUCUCUUCCCGUUCACGACGAUGAUUCUCGCCCCCUCGACACUCAAGAGCAAGAAGAGUUGGUUCGUUCUUUAGAAAGGAAUCAAGCUCAGCAGAGUCGCUUUUGGAGGAUUGUAUUUGUGGCUCUAGUCAUCUGUUACAUCCUGUUUAUUUUGUACUCAAUCUUCCACCAGGUUUCAUCUCCAUGGGAACUGCGGCAUCAUGCUUACUUCAUGAAGGAGAUAUACUCAUGGAUGAUUAUAUCUGCAGAUUGGGUGGCUGUUUUAGCAUUCUCAUUUGCCAUCAAAGGACUGCAUAACGAGUCAUUGCAUCACAGGAAAUGGAUCUGGUACUCGUGGUAUAUUAGCACUGUUCUGGCAGUUUUCUGGUUAUACUACAUGUCAAGGUUGGCAAAGUUCCGUUGGGAUAUCAUAUGGCUGCCAUUUGGGCCUCUUAGCGCAUCCACUAUCUGUCUCUACGUGGAUCACUUACUAACCGAGUCAUCUGAAGAAGUAAGAAAGCUUCAUGGAUACAUGUAUGCCUACAAAGCAAGCUAGAAUUGAUACUGUGAUUGUGGUGUUGAUAGAAGUGUUUUUUAGCAGAAUGGCCACAUAAACUGAAAUGUGUGUUCCAUUUAUUUAUAACAUGGAAUGGCAUAAGCCUGCACACUUAUCAGCCACCAGCAAGGAACAUAGAAAUGGCAUAACAUAAAAUUUUUGGGGAUAGAAACUUUUGCAGAUUUAUGUUUUGUAAUUUUAGGAUUGUAUUGUAAUCGAUGCAGAUUUUAUGCAUGUUGAUAGAAAAUGUAUAUUUUUUUAUGAAAUGAAAAUUUUACAGUAAAAAUUAUGAUGGAACAACUUUAUCAA